UUCUUGAGAACCGUCGGCACAAGGAGAUAAUGGCCAGAUUCGUUUCUUUGCUGGUUUUUCUCGGUCUGAGCUUAUGUUGCUGCAGAUCCCAGGGCCAGGGAAGCAAAAUGAGUGUGAGGCUCCGCAGCGGCGGCAGCCCCCUCGCCCUGGGAGCCAGGGUGGAGCUGGAGUGUGUGUUCUCAGGCCAUGGCCUUUCCGACAGCGGCGUGUCCUGGAUGCUCCAGCGAAGGGAUUCUGCCCCCCAGUUCAUCUUGUUCAUUACCUCCCUCAACCGGGUGGCGCCGACGGAGAAUGGAAAACCACCCGAACGCUUUGAGGCAAAAAAAGAAUCCAACAUCUACAGACUGACCGUGAAGUCCUUCCAGGAGCAGGACCAGGGCAGUUAUUAUUGCAUCGUCAACCACAACCAGAGGCUGCACUUCAGCUCCGGGAGCCCACUCCACCUGCCAGCUCCCCCCACCACAGCCCCCUCUACGAAGGCAACUACCCCCCAGCCCAGCACCACCGCCGGCACCAAGGAACCCAGGGACUGCAAACACUCCCCGAACACAGCGAAAGCCCCAAAGAAAGGGCUGGAUUUAUCCUGUGACUUUUACAUCUGGGUCCCCUUAGCGAGCGCCUGCCUCCUCCUCCUCAUUGCCCUGCUGGCCACCAUCAUAAUGUGUCAAAAAACCAGAAGACGAAGAUGCAAAUGUAAAAGGCCUAUGAAUGGGAGCAAUGGAAAACCCAGCAUGCCAAACAGAUACGUGUAACGUGACUGAGCCAUUUGCAUCUGGAUCUCCAAACGGGAGCUGUGACUGCAUAAACAAACCCUACGUCCAUUUCCAUUACUCAUUCUCGGCCUCACUUUAUUUUUUAAAUUGUUCUUGUACUCUCUAUUCUGUUAAUUUUUAAAAGGCAAACUGUUCAAAAAGAGCAUAUAGAUAAUGCUGGACACCAGCCACUUUCUACAUCAAUUCUAUUGCCUGGAUUUUAAAAUGUAGCUCCCUCCAAAAUUUUCUUGGUUGGAUCUUUCAAGCUGGUCAUAAAAAAGCAAAAUAUGCCAAAUAACAUAGUCCAUAACUCUAGCAAAGCCCCCACUUACUGAAGUCUAUGACGCAAAUCCUGAGAUUUUUAUUGUCCUUACUUAAAUAUAUACCAGUUGACUUCAACAGCUAAGUAAAGACCUCAACGUUCAGUCUGUUGGGAAUUUUGCCUGCAUAAAAACUGAGUAAAGACUGCCAGAUUAGGCCUGCCACGACAAAGUGUGUGAUCCUGCAGCAACUGAAGUCACUGGUAAAGCUCUCAUUCACUUCACCGAUGCAGGACUGGGGCCUUCGUGAAGACAUUUUUAUUUGUGAUGCUGUCUACAAUGGGGAAAGGAGAUAAAAUGUAUUUAAUCUAAUGAGCAUCCCAAUGCCAAGCUAACUGGUAGUGGGGCAAUAGCACAGGCUAAUUUUAAUUUUUUAAUUUUAAAAUGGGGCAAAAAGCCAGAUAACUUUGAACAAUCACAGAGUUUAGUAUCAACAACUGGCUAAAAUCAAUGAAACUGUAAAACUUUUAGAAGACAUGAUGCAGGGUUGAAAGGGCAAAUGCUAAAAAGGGCUGUUAUUUCUUUUACGGUCCCAAAGACUAAAGAUUGCAGGCUCCAGCAUUCUGCCCUUACUCAGGUAGACUCUCACUGACUUCAGUGGGAGUUUUGACUGAUCAAGGUAUGCAGGAUUCAUCCUAUUUCUAGGCACCCACAGGUAAGUGGCAAAAGAGUAAAUCCAAGCCCAUUCUCCCUUCCGCAAACCAGUGUUUUAAGCACAGAAUGAAAGAUCUUAGUUUUUUCAACAAUGUAGUUGAUGUAAAUAUUUUCUUGCUAUAAUUGCCAUAAAGUUUUUCAUUAUUUCUGUUCCCAACAAUCAGUAUAAAUACUGUGGAACAAUUCAACUAUACUUCUAGAUAUUCUCACUAAAGUACAUUUCCUUUUCUUCUUCUUAGCCUCAGAAAAGUUUCCCACCUGUAAAAUAAUACUUCCGCACCUCGCUGUCAUGCUAAACCCAAAAUACUUUGGGGUUAAAGGCCUUAUAAAUCUGUAGAUACAAGAUGUUGACUGGCAAGAGAGAUCUCUUACUAUAUAUUUAUACACAAAUCAGCCAGGCAAAAUAUUCCAUCUGUAUUGGCACUACCACAGUAACACGAUCCAAAUCCACUUCCAACAUCCCAAGUGUCUCUCUUCUUAAACAAUGGAUCUGGUAGUAAGUGUGGCCCCAAUUUAGUAAAGUCCUUAAGCUUGUGCCUAUCUCAAGACUUGUGAGUAGUCCCAUUCACUAGACCAAGAAAUCUUUUUGUGACAGACGUUGAGAUGCCAUGUAAUAAUCUAUGAAUACUGAGAUAUAAUAAAGUUAUGAACACUGCAUGUGACCUGUUCUGUAAAGGGAAGUUACAGUAGAGUAUGGUGGGUUAUUGGAAUUUCCUGAAUGAAUGUAUCGAUCUGACUUAAUAGGAGGUUGUGAGAAAAGCAAGCAAGAAAGCAACAAAAUAGCUAGAGGUAAGCAACCCUCCCAACAAACACAGGGGUCAGGGAGGGAGGGAGUGUGAGGGGCUAUUGUAAAACAAUGGCAUUCCUCCAGGCCUUAGGCCAGGGGUCGGCAACUUUUCAGAAGUGGGGUGCCGAGUUUUCAUUUAUUCACUCUAAUUUAAGGUUUUGC